CCCGCUUUCCCCGACGGCGCCGCGCUCCGAGGCAGGUGAGGCGCAGGGCUCGGGCCGAGCCGGGGCCCCUGUCCCCGCCCCCGCCGUGAGGGUGCCCUAGAGCCCCCGGGGACUCGGGGUGUUGCUGCCGGCGCGUCGCGCCAGGGUGGAGUCGGUGGCCCGCGACUGAGAACUGGAUACUUGUCCAUGGGCUUCUGGUCACGCUGUGAGGUGGGACGGCUUCUGGUGUCCUGUUCAGAAGGAUUCUGAGGUCAAACGCUUUUCAGACUCAGACUCACUGUGAUGUGAGAUUCCAGGGCAACGCGGUUUUGAAGAACAAGCUUACAGGGAGGGGGUCCUCGACUGUCCUUGUAGAUGGUGGUUUUCUUGGGGACUCAGCAAGCUCUUGGAGAGGCCCAGUGCAACAUUUCCUCACGUCGGGGAACACAGCUACAGAUGGGGAUGAGGCUCUUCCUGAAGGAUCUGUGUUUGUUGUUCAAAACGCAAUCAGAAAGGGCUUGCUGCCACGACAGGCUGCCUCAUCUGACACGAGUUGCUCUUCCUGGAACCCUACCUGGAAAGGGUGUCUGGUCGGGAGUGGGGGCCCGGGGCGAGGCCGCCCGUUUCCCUGCCGCGCGGGACCUGUGCGUCCGUCCUCGCUCGCUCGCAGCUCCCGGCCGCAUGGCCCACGUGUUCGUGUACGGGACCCUGAAGACGGGCCAGCCCAACCACCGGGUCCUGCUGGAGGGCGCCCACGGUCGCGCAGCCUUCCGGGGCUGGGGUCGCACGGUCGAGCCGUACCCGCUGGUGAUCGCGGGGCAGCGCAACAUCCCGCGGCUGCUGAACCUGCCGGGCCAGGGGCGCCGAGUGGCUGGGGAGGUCUACGCCGUGGACGAGCAGAUGCUGCGCUUCCUGGACGAGUUCGAAGGCUGCCCGGACAUGUACCAGCGCACCCGGGUGACAGUCGCUGUCGAGGGGGCGGGCGGGACCCUGCAGUGCUUCGUGUACACCACAGCCACGUACCCGCCCGAGUGGGUCCACCUCCCGUACCACGACGAUUACGACUCGCAGGGGGAGCACGGGCUUCGCUACAGUCCGCGAUGAAGCAGAUGAGAAGCGCGAGGGGAGCGGCCGCCCGAGGACCGAGAGCCUGGUGGUUGGAAGACAGCCUCGCUGGGUCCGCACUCGCUGAACGCAAAAGCCCGAGAACACCCUCUGAAAUAAAAUUCUAUGGGGGGGGGGGGGAGGGGGGGAGUGUCUUCUUCGGUGGCAGCUGAUUUCCCAAAUAAUUUUGACAUGACUGAUAACAAGAUUGUUUCCUGAAAUCUGUCUUGCUGAUGCUGCUUUAUUGCUUGCUGCCUAAAGAGCAUCAUGGGCUUGAACGUACUGGAUGAGAAAAACUCAGGAUUUUAAUUCCCCUAAAUGACAUUUUGAAAACUCAUGUUAUGCUUUUCUUAUGUUUCUGUUUUUGUUUUUUGUUUUUGCUUUGCUUUGCUUUGCUUUAGUCUGAAGAUAACAUUUAAAAUGAAUAUAAAGACUUUGUGUGGCAGCUAGAUUUUAACAGCCCUGCUGUAUCAGUUCUGUCUGACCUGUAGCACUGAGAAAUUUUUUUAAAGCUGAUUUUAGACAUCUCAAUGUAAUAAAAGAACCUCAAGAAAAA